AUGGAACCUCUCCGAAUCGCCGUCGCUGGUCUCGGUCGCAUGGGCCGCCGUCAUGUUCAAAACCUCAUCUACCGUGUGCCGCGCGCCUCAGUCGUCGCGGUCUGCAGCACGGAAGCUCAUGAGCUAGAAUGGGCCCGUGCCUUCGAGGAGUACAAGGAGUUCAACGUCACCAUCUACGAUUCUUAUGAGAAGAUGCUCUCACACCCAGGUCUACAAGCUGUUUGGAUCUCUACCAGCACCGACGUCCACGCGAGCCAGACGAUGGGCGCCAUCAAGAAGGGUUUGCACGUCUUAUGCGAGAAGCCUCUGAGUACGAAGAUGGACGAGAUCGCCGAAGUCGUCAACGCGGCCAAAGCCAACCCCCAUCUCAAGGUGAUGGCCGGCUUCUCGCGGCGCUUCGACGCCUCGUACCGCGACGCCGCAGCCAAGAUCUUCGAGAACAAAGCAAUCGGCAGCCCCUUCAUCGUGCGGUCCAACACGUGCGACCUGCUCGACCACACGGGCUUCUUCGUGCGCUACGCCCCGCGCAACGGCGCCAUCUUCGUCGACUGCGCCAUCCACGACAUCGACCUCUCGCUGUGGUACCUCUCGGACCCGGUCCCCAAGGCCUGCUGGGCGACGGGGACGCUGCAGCACCACCCGGAGCUGAGGGAGAUGAACGACGUGGACAACGGCGUCGGCGUGGUCGAGUUCUGGGGCGGCAAGAUCGCCUACUUCUACUGCUCGCGCACGCAGGCGCACGGCCAUGACGUGUGCACCGAGAUCACGGGCACCGAGGGCAAGGUGUCGGUGAACGUGGUCCCGCGGGCGAACAACGUGUUGCUGGCGGACAAGCUGGGCAUCCGCAACGAGGUGCAGCCUGAGUACUGGCAGCGGUUCGAGGAUGCUUUUGCGCUGGAGGCUAACGAGUUUACCGAGGCCGUGUUGAAGGACAAGCCCGUGCCGCUACCCAUUGAGAAGGGGGUCAAGGUCAUGGAGAUUGGGCGGGCUUUGCAGGACGCGCUGCUGACCGGAGAGGUGCAGAGGUUCAAUGAGAAGGGAGAGCGCAUUUAG